AUGGGAAAUACAAAGACAAGAGGUAGAAGACAUCAAGAGAAACAAAAGAAGGACGAAUUUGAGCCUAGUUCAACUGCUGUAAAGAAUCAUAUUCAGGAUGAAGAACCGGCUUACACUGACGAUUCAGGGAACAAAGAAGAUCAGCCACAAAUGUUUUUUGGGGUAUUAGAUAGAGAAGAGCUGGAAUAUUUCAAGCAAGCAGAAUCAACCUUACAAUUAGAUGCUUUCGAAACACCUGAGGAAAAGUUUCAAUUUGUUACAAGCAUUAUCGAAGAAGCAAAAGGUAAGGAAUUAAAAUUGGUUACAUCUCAAAUUACUUCGAAGCUAAUGGAACGUAUCAUCUUGGAAUGUGAUGAAUCUCAAUUAAAGAGUAUUUUUCAGUCCUUCAAUGGUGCUUUCUUUGGCUCGUCAUGUCAUAAAUAUGCUUCCCAUGUCUUAGAAACUCUGUUUGUUAGGAGCGCCGCUUUGCUAGAAAGAGAACUUUUAACACCAAGCUUCGAUACCGAUGAAAAAGAUGGACCUCACGUGACCAUGGAGAAUAUGUUCCUCUUUAUGUUGAACGAGUUGAAACCUCAUUUGAAAAUGAUGGUUAACCAUCAAUAUGGAUCGCAUGUGUUAAGACUGCUAAUAUUAAUCUUGUCUUCCAAAACUUUACCUAACUCGACUAAAACUAACUCCACACUGCGUUCUAAAAAAUCAAAAAUUGCAAGAAAAAUGAUUGACAUUAAAGAUAACGACGACUUCAAUAAAGUCUACCAAACACCGGAAUCUUUCAAAUCUGAGCUUCGUGACAUCAUAACAACUUUAUAUAAAAGCUUUACCAAUGGUGCUGAAGCACGCUCAGAUGUUUCCCAAUCAAUAGUAACCAAAUUCAGAGAAUAUUGUGUAGAUAAAAUCGCUUCUCCUGUGAUCCAAUUAAUUAUUCAGGUCGAAGGUAUUUUUGACAGAGACCGUUCCUUUUGGAGACUGGUUUUCAAUACAGCAGACGAAAAAGACCCUAAGGAGGAGUCUUUCGUUGAAUACUUACUGUCUGAUCCCGUUGGAUCUCAUUUCCUGGAAAAUGUGAUCGCUUCUGCUAGAUUAAAAUACGUUGAAAGACUUUACCGUUUAUAUAUGAAAGAUCGUAUUGUAAAGCUAGCCAAAAGAGAUACAACGGGUGCCUUUGUGGUUCGGGCCCUAUUAGAACAGUUGAAGGAUAAGGACGUGAAACAGAUAUUGGAUGCGGUGGUUCCUGAUUUGAGUAUGCUUUUAAACUCAAAUAUGGAUUUUGGUACUGCUAUCAUCAACGCAAGUAAUAAACAAGGCAAUUAUUUAAGAGAUGACGUAAUUGCUCAAUUGGUGCAAAAAUAUUAUCCAGAAAAGUCAGAAACGAAGAACAUCUUAGAGAGCUGUUUAUCAUUGAGUUCGUCCACUUUGGGGAAUACCAGGGAUGACUGGCCGACGGCUGAUGAAAGAAGGCGAUCGAUUUUUUUGGAACAAUUAAUUGACUAUGACGACAAGUUCCUGAAUAUCACAAUUGAUAGUAUGCUAGCCUUGCCUGAAGAACGCCUCAUGCAAAUGUGUUACCACGGGGUGUUUUCACAUGUCGUUGAGCAUGUUCUACAAACUACCAGGGUGGAAACAAUCAAAAGAAAGUUACUGUUGAAUAUACUGUGUAAACAGUCUGUAAAUUUAUCAUGCAAUGCGUAUGGCUCUCAUAUAAUGGACAAAUUAUGGGAAUUUACGACGAAGUUGACACUAUAUAAGGAGCGCAUUGCUAGCGCAUUAGUUAGAGAAACGGAAAAAGUUAAAAAUAGUACUUACGGAAGACAAGUCUGGAAAAAUUGGAAAUUGGAACUUUAUGUCAGAAAAAUGUGGGAUUGGAAAAGAUUAAUCAAAGAGCAAGAAUUCGAAAUUUUCCCAGAUUCUAAACCAUUACAACCAAAAGCAGAAAAACAUUCAAGAGAGAGGGAUAAUUCAAAAGAAAGAAGUACCUUCAAAAAGCAAAAGCAACAUAGAUAA